AGCAAGGGAAGAAAUCAAGAAAAGGUAGAAGAAAUUCACAAAGGUACAGUAUAAUUACUAUUAUGUGUGGUACAUUUACAUGUUAUGCAAAGAUAUAAUUAAAGUGCUUAUAAGUACAGUAUGGCAUGCAGGUUUUCAGCCGCCAAGUGUCGACACUAAUGUUGGUUUGGCAACCUAUGUUCAUGGACAUAGUAAAAAAAAAAUCUAAUUAUAUGUUGUUAAUUUUACGAAAUUCAGUCUGGAUGAAAGCAAAGCGGAUGAAGAUAUGCCUGCAAGAAAAAAAUUGGACAUAAAGAAUGAUGAAAAUGAAGAUAAGGUAUGUAGGAUAAGUUGAUAUAUGAUAAAAUAACCUAAUGUACAAUAUUACUAGUAUGGCAUUUGUAUGGUUAGCCAGGUUCAGUAGCUUCUGUGCACCAACAUCACAUUUUGUGUUCUGUAUCGUAAUUUAUUUGCAUAGUGAAUUUCCUUUAUUUCCCUAUGUGAAGGUUGUUAUGAUUGACUAUACUGAGAAAAAGAAGAGUUUUCUACUCCCAGUCUUGGUAAGUUGAGCCACACAAACCAUGUAUACUUAAAAGGCCUGCAGUAGUUCGCUUCAGUAAAAGUUACUAUUAUAUUUGCUUGCCAUGUAUGGCUAGCACACCACUGUCUUUUUAUUUCAUUUCUGAAAUGUUAUUCUAAAAUUCCUUCUAGCUUUUAUCUUCUACUGGAUCACAUAGUGAAGCAAAAAGUCCUGAGAAAGUUGUUGUGAGAUCAUUUAAAGAUGGGAAACAGUAAGUGUUACAUUGAAAUAAACAGCUUCUCCCUUCUCCUGAAAUAUCACUUUUUAGUGAGCAUGUGAAAUUUAAAUUAAAUUUCUUUUUUCGAUCCACAUGACUAGAAUUGCUCAGGACCACAUUAAAUCAAACGUCUCAGUGAUUAGCGAUUUUGAAGCGAUAUAUCCACUGUGUUAACCUAUAUUUCAGUAUUGCAUUAGCAGGUUACCCGUAAAGGAGCAACUAGCUCUGUGGGUUAAACCAGUCAUGUGACAAAGAUUAUAAAAUAAAAUAAAAUAGCAGUUGUGGAUCUGACUUGAUUUGUUGAGAGGGUGCAGGUUUUCCAGGGGUGCAUUACUACGGGGAGUCCAGGGGCAUUCUCCACCAGAAAAUUUUUGAAAUUUGAAGUCCUGAAAUGCCAUUUCCUGCAUUCUGAGCUUUAGUCGUUUAUUCGUUAAAUUUGUCCUCACAGUACUUGUAGUUCAGGAAAAAACUUUAAUUGAUUAUUAGAUUUUUAAUUGAUUAUUUGAUGUCUCUUACGUAGCAUUGAAGUCCAUCCAAAGGAUGUUAAAGAAUUUUCAAAAGAAAGUGCUGUAAACUCCACAUUAAUAAAAGGGGAAAAUCCGUCAUUAAAAUCAGGUAUAGUGUUGUUGUAUAAAGUAUCCACAAGUAAACUCAAGAUUCAAAACAAGACAAUGAAAACAAAUUGGCAAAGUUAGCCAUGCUAUGCUAAUAACCCAGCAUCUAAAAUCUAAAUAGGUUAACAGGGUGUUAGCCAGAAAAAAGUUUUGUCCGUUAAACGUAAAUUGGGAAAGUUUUUUUGACCGAUCAAAGUCCUUGUGUAGGAAUAAAUAGUGUUUUUUUCCAACAUGUUUCUCCUUAGAUGCAAACAACGGUAGCAAAACCGUAGCUUGGUUUUGUACAUUUCAUUUCCAGUGAAUGAACACUGAAAAAUGCACCCGAUGGCACUUCGUUUUGUAUAUUUCAUUUCCGGUGAAUGAACACGGAUGCACACCGAUUACACUUUGUUUUGUACAUUUCAUUUCAGUGAAUACACACCCAAUAUGAAUGAAACGCGAUACAUUUUGAGAAAAUAGUUAAUGGGAAAAAGUAAAUAAAACGUUCUUUGAUAUAAUAAUAUAAAAUCAAACGCAAUGCACUUUCUCAUCAGAAAAAAUGAAAAUCUUCCAGUAGACCCAGUUGGGAAAGCCCCUUAGCUACUUCAAUUGGGAAGAGUCCGUCAAACGGACAGUAUAUGGGCUAGCUAACACCCUGGUUAAAGACAACACAUUUCUAAAUGUUUGAAUAAUGCAAAUCAUUAAAAAUUUGCAAAGCAUGACCUGUUAUUGCUAUGGUUAGCUUCGCCAAUGCUUAGACCCUUUGGUGAACUUUAUUCCUGUGGAAAAUUGUUUUAGAGGAAUUCUGUUUAAACAUCUGUAUGAAGCAGUAAUCAACUCGGUAAACAUCUGUAUGAAGCAGUAAUCAACUGUAUUCACUAGUAAUCAAGUUAUAAGUUUAACCCUUUAAGUGGCUAUGUGCCCCAGUAUGCCCUACUUUAUUUUUUACUCUGUCUAACUCCAGACGAUUUUACUAGUCAAGGAGAGAGUGUUGUGCCACCCAUAACAGCUUCAAAAGGAAUGCCCCCAAACAUGUUUUUCAUGUUUUGCUUAGAGAAGAAAUUGUCAUUUUUAAUGUUGUAUAAAAUAUGAUUUAUUUACAAAACAAGUUGUUCAACCUUUUGUUAUACUCUUUCAUGUUCUUUUUCUUUCAGCUCAUGAAUAUGCUGUAAAAUAUAUCGAGACCAAACAGUUGCCAAGUAACUGGAACGAUGAUGGAGAUGAAAUAUUGAAAAAUGAAAGUAGUGAUCAUUCCUCGUCGACUGAAGCCGAGUCGGACGGUGAUGAGAAUGACAGGAAUGAAUUUCUUGAAAAGUUGAACAAAUUUCUUGGGGAGAAAGGUGAGUGGGUGACUCAUGAAAUGUUCGGUUAGUUUAGUCCUACAUUCAAAGCCCUAACGUUAUUUAUAUAUUGGAUAGUGAAAUGAAAAGGAAGCAGGGCUCGAAUAGCGGGCUGGUAAUAGCCAAAAGCAGGCCAUAUUUUAGAAAUGGCAGGUAAAAACAAAUUUGAACUGCCAAUGAAAGUAAAAACAAAUGGCAGGUGAAAUUCUAUAGAUAUAUUUCAUUUCAUUUACUUACCACAACUCAUAUGCUAGAUCAUUUAGUUGACUAAAUAUACGUCUAUAUUUCAAUCUCAGGCCGUAUAUAUGCAAAACUAUAUAAUAUUCGAUAUGUUUAUAUUAAGGCACUCCACUGCUUCGUUCACCAGUACUGGGACAUCGAGAUCUUGAUUUAUAUAAAUUAUUUAAAAUUGUUUCCAAGAUGAAAGGAAUGGAUAAGGUAUGUAUCACAAUGUGUUUUGUUUUACAGAACGUCUUCACUUUUGUACUGUAUUUGUUUUGUUCUGUUUUCGUUUGUUUCGUUUUUGUUUCGUUUUUGUUUUGUAUAUACAAAAAAAUGGUACAGUACAAAACCCCGCAUGUAAGAACCUAGAUUUUCCAAGUUAGCCCAAACAGGUUCUUAUGUAAAUGGUGCUUACCAGGAAAUUAGGCUAAACAGGUUCUUAAAUAGGUUAUUAUUUUUUAAGAGAAAUGCAUAUCAUUUUAGGCAGGUGUGGCAUAUGAUUUAUAUUUAAAUUAUAUAUAUGCUAUGCACAAAUGAUCUAAAAAAUGACCGUAUAUGCACUAUACCAACCCUGUAUAUGCACUUUGAAGCUACACUGAUUGUAACUUAUGACUUAAGUUUGACUCUAUUUGAUAAUAUAAGAAAUCUGUUUUGAAAUUCUAGCCUGAACAGGUUCUUCUUUAAAGGGGGUCUAAAUAAAAUAGUUUGGCCUAACAGGUUCUUACAUUCUAGGUUCUUAUAUGCGGGGUUUUACUGUAGACCAUGGAAGUUGACUGAUCACUGAUAUGGAAAUUUGGAGAAAUAGAUAAUUAUAUGUAGUGAUAACAGGGAACUUAAACGAAAAUACUUUUAUUUAAAGUGAACUUGAAAUGAAGAUCGUAUUUUAUGGAUCUGCUCAGUUUUGCAGCAGCAUAUAGUAUACAGUUCUGUAUUUCACAUGUGCUGUAAAUGUAAUUUCUCUCUAAGGUGGACUCGUGGCACACCGUGUACAAAAAGAUGAGUAUUCCUGUCAUGACGACUACAGCAUGUUAUCAUAUCAAGAAUGCUUACAAAAGGUAUUGAGCUUUUCAGUAGAAAUAACUGAAUUUGUCUUUAAUGGUUAUGCGUGAUUUCGUGCAUAUAUGAUCAACCAGUGAACACAUAAAUGUUACUGUAAUGAAGACUUAAUCUGUCCUGAGGAAUUGAGGAAGAAGAUUCAAUUCAGACUCCAUAAUCUAAUAGCAUAUUUAAAUAGUCCUGCUUUGCUGAGAUAUAGCUAAGAGGUGGGUAGCUCGUUAGCCAAACUUGCACGCCCUAGUAUUGUAACUGUAGUUUCCUCUUAUUUGUCUACAAACUUUUGAUGUUAAUUUUUUUAGAUAUUUAUAUGAUUACGAAAUACAUACACGUCAGGAAGACGAUAAUCCGAUUUCAAAGAAAGCGAAGAAGUCUGAGAAAUCUUCCAGUGCAAAUACUUCAAAUGAUACCGCAGCAAAAUCUUCUAGUUCAAAUACUUCAAAUAAUACCACGGCAAAAUCUUCCGAUUCAAAUACUUCAAAUAAUACCACAGCAAAAUCUUCUGGUUCGAAUACUUCAAGUAAUACCGCAGCGAACUCUAAACAAGAUGAAGAAACGCUUAUUGGAUCUGAUUCCGAAAAAGACUUAAAAGAACUUCCUCUUUGUAAUGAUAAUAAACUUCUUACACAGCAUAAGCCAGCUUCAAAGAGAGGCAGGGGUCGACGAAGGGCCAGGUCAAACAAAGCUUUAAAGUCCCCAAGUUCGCCUGGAUUAUCUCCGUUGUCUCCUUGUUCACCAAAAUCUAUUAGCUCGGUUAGCGCGUCUGACUCUACGGGUUGCCCAAGUCCCGCGGAUAAUUAUUGUGACGUGCGGGAACUGCGAGGGAAAAUAGACUUGGUGCUUAGGAAGAGUAACGAGAAAGGUUCAACUAAUAAAGGGGACGAUCUUAGGGAUAGUAAAAGUGAUUUGUCUGAUAAAAUUAGGGGAAAUGAUGAUAAAGACACUUCUAAUUGUAAGACAAGAAAGUUGACGAAGGAUAAAACGUGCAAGGAAGUCGAAAUUGUGGUGAAGCUGGAGAAGAAUAUAGCGAAUGUGGAGAUCAAUGUAGAAAAUAAGACUGAAGCUGGAGAUAAUUUAACCAAAGACGAUGAAUCUACUUGUAAGGAAGGUACAUUAUUAAAAGAGGAUGAAAAGCAAAAUUGUAAAAAUUCAGAAAAAGAAAGUAAUUUAAAAGAAGAUAGUGUAAACGAUAAGGAAGACCUGAAGAAAAUUCAAGAUGGCGGUAGUCCCAUGGAUAAAGAUGGUGGUGAUGACCCAGAUGAUGGUGGGGAUAAAACAGUACAUCAUAUGGAUACACCCAUGGAUGACGAAGGACAAGAGGGUACAGAUGUCGAGGAUGCAGUCGAUGUCGUAAAUAGUCCGAGCGGUACCUCGGAAACCGUCGAUAGUGAUGACCGUGGUGAACGGAAGGCGGACACAAAACCGAAGAAGAAAGGGGAGGGGAAGAAUGGGGCUAAGAGUAAUGAUGGUAGCGAUGACGUAGAUGAUUUAGAAUAUAAAUUAAAUGAUCGGAUUGAUGUACGAUAUGGACGGGGAAGAAAUGCAACUAUUUACCAUGCAAAGGUAAGCACACGUGUGGCAUGCCUGUACAUUUAUUUAUGCGGAGGUGGCCAGGAAGUUUUAGAUUCAUAUAGCUACAAUCUUGGACAUAACCUUUGAGACCAUUCUUGCCAAUAUUGCAACGUUAAUGCACAUUGACAAAACAAACUUCGUUACCCCAUCUCUCUCCCAUUCAAUGUUGUAAACAGCAACAACACAACCUUCGGCAAGUUGCCAUGCCGCAAGCUCAACAUUGAGUUGGGGGAGUGGAGGUUUAAGAAGCGCAACAUGAUUUAAUAUGCAAUUUUGCAUAGAGGAAAAGGUAGUCUCAACAAGUUAUGUCCAAGAUUGCAUGUAGCCCAACUGCCUGUAGUGUUGCCCCAUGACUCGCUAACCUCUGCAGUCAUGAUGUGUGCUUGAUGAGCGUAUUUUAAUUAGAAUCCUCAGUGGCAGAGCAAAGACUGGAUAAUAAGUUAUUAAAGUGCGACGAACCACAAAUGUGAAUUUUGGUAUGUGUAAUAUUUGGAUCAUUCGAAGAAGAAAUGUAAUGUAUCUUUAUAAUAAAAAAUCGCAUCUUAAUCAGGUUUUUCACUGUCAAAGUUUCCGUAUAUGAUGUCAUUAGAUGAAUUGCAAAUUAGUUUUCGUUUGUUUUUUUGUACCAUAAAUUCACCUAAUGACAUCAUAUUUGGAAACUUUGACAAUGAAAAAGUUGAUCAAGAUGAGUUUUUUUACUAUAAAGAUACAUUACAUUUCUUCUUAGAAUGAUCCCAAUAUCACACAUACCAAAAAUUGUAUUUGGGGUUAGUCCAACUUUAAGCUUUCUUUUCUACAUAACCUACAUAUAAAUCGUAAUACAUAGUGCUGAUAAAGUCAUUCCUAAUUCAAUCUGAAUUUAAAUACUACAACAUGCAGUUCAACCCAAAGUGUAAUGAUAUUUAUAUUGAAACUCAUUCAUUGAUUUACUUCGCCACGUACAGUAAAUAUGUGGCAGGGUCACCACAACAACAUACACCAAUUUGUGUAGGCCGAUUGAACAAAUACAGAAUAUUCUCUCCAUAGAUAACGUGUGUGGAUCCAUACGCUGAGGAAGGAUUGUAUUAUUUAGUUCAUUAUCAAGGAUGGAAUGCAAGGUAAAUAUAUGUUGUCUUUCAAUUUUGUGUGAACGGGUUUGGUGAUCGGUUAUAUCCAGGUGGAUUUAGACUCGUCUGAUAGAAUAUGUGUAGAUUAUUCAAGACGUGCAAGUCCUGUGGUGCCGAUAUCCCAACCGAGUCCUAAUGGAUGUUUUUGGAUGUGGUUGAGGAUAUUUACCUACCUCUCCCUUGCACUCUUUGAAGCAGAAGGACUGUGCACACCCACUCACCAAAACCCCAUGCUCACCCCAGUAAAUCCAUGUUUGUCUGAUGCACUGACAAACAGGGACGUGAAGAAAGUAUGUCUGUUGCUUAGCUGUUGUAUGUGAUUUAUUAUCCAUAGCAUUCAUCCCUGUACUCUCAUUUCUAGACACGACGAGUGGAUUGGCAAUGAGAGAAUAAUCGGCCGUGGUGCAAAACAAACUCGAAAACGAACAAUCAGAGAACCGACGAAGAGCAUAAAGCCAACACCGAAACCCGCGGCGAAGCCAAUUCCCAAGCCAGUGGCAAAGAAGAACGGUAAGAAUGGGGCAGGACAUAUUGGACGACCGCCUGGCAGUAAGGGUCGUAAGAGAACACCUUCGCCUACGAUGAAUAUGGUUGCGUCUGGUAGAAAUGGUAAUGGUAGAGCCAGUAAGACCCGUAAGGAUAACGCGAGUGAGAAGACGGAACCCAGUUCAGAAGGUAGAUAUAUUUUCUAAUGGACAACUUCCAUGUUAGACUAAGUUUUGAUCUAGUCAAAAAAAGUAAAUUCCCGUAAAGAACUUAUCAAAAUUAGUAAAAUUGCAAAAUUUGGUUACGAAAUGAACAUGUAAAAUACGGAAAAUAUAGCCUUGCGAAGUUUGCAUAUUUUGUAUAUGUUUGUAUUACGUGCGGAAAUUGUUACCAUUUUUGAGCCGAAAAUGGUAAAAAAUUUCCGCAUGUAACACAAACAUAUACAAACUUUGCAAGGCUAUAUUUUUCAAGCUUUACAACAUUUCGCAACCAAAUUUUGCAAUUUUACUAAUUUCAUUAAUAUGUUCUUUUUAGCUGUGGUGUUUGAUUCCCUUCUCUUUACUUAGAUUAAAAUUUUAAGUUCUACACUUUUAAAUUUCUUUUAAAUUAUACACUUAAAAUUCACAAUUUUAAGUGUAGCCAAAUUUAACGUCGGACAUGGUAGCAUAUAACCGUAUACGAUUAAAUAAACUCUGUUCCGGUUCCGGCCGGAACUUAAAACAUUGGGUCCAGACUUUUGAUGCACCUUGCCAGAAAAUCCGAUACAAAGGCAUUUUGAUGCACAGGUAUUUUGAAGUGCUGUAGAUUGAUUAACUAUACCGUUCAUGUUUACUUUUUACUUUCUAGUUAAAUAUACUGCUCGAAUAACAAGACGGAAUUCGCUGACCCUGCCAACGCAAAUGUCAGGUAGGUACUUAUCUUCAUCCUUGGACGAGCUGUCCUGCACAACUCCGCGUCGUACCACACAACCCUAAGUACUAAACAGAGAGUGGCAUGGCCUCUUUGGUAUUGUAUCUGACUGUGUAUAGUUGUCCACUAGUUGACGGCGAGCAAAUAACUUCAACUAUAAUAAUAGUCAUCCUUUCUAUUUAAUGGUUUGUUUUUCACUGCCCUUGAUAAAACUAUUUAGAACUUUUUUGCAACGUUUUCGAAUGAUGGGAAAACAAGCAGCAUCAUAUAAGAUAUUGAGUAAUUUUAGUCUGAAGAUGGUUUGUUUGACAACUAGAGUAGUCCUUAUUUGUGUUGGGUAAAGAGCUACCUAAAAUUAUCAUGUUUUGUGAUUGGCUUUCAGAAACAACGUUUUCUAUAGUUUUAUUGUCUUUCAUUGUUAUAAUGAACCAACCACAAGCCUGGAUAGUAUAGGCAGAUGAUGUUCCUUUGUGUUACCAUAACUCUUAACUUUAAUAUUUAGAUCAAGAUUUCCUUGACUUUCUGAGCCCCGAUACGAAGACUGAGAGCGAGAAAGACUCCAUGUCCAGUUCUUCUAGAACUCAUCGAAGUUCUAAAUCACCAUCUCCCAAACGUCACGUCGAGAAGACGUCGGAGAAAGAAGAGAAUCUGGAGGAUGUGGAAUUAGAGGAAAGUGUCGCAGUAGAGAAGAGUGAGGAAGCAGCCGAUGAGAAGUCAGUUGAGAGCAGUCCAAGUGAGAUGGAUAUUGACUGUAAGGUUGAGGUGGAGAAGACGUUAUUAAAGCGUCCUCGUGAAGAUGAAACAGGUG